AUGAAGUCCAGCCAUGUCUCCUCCAGCGUCUUGAUGGGCUUCUUGCUCUUCCUCUUCUUGGCAGCCUCUACUUUGAUGUAUAGACACUUGCCGUCGAACUUUUGUUUCUUGAGCUCCUCGAUCAGUGAUGCCUUGCUCAUCGUGCUGUAG